CCAUGAAUCAAUCAAUAUCUUACAUAUUUUUAUAUUGUAAAGAGUCGAAUAAUUUUAAGGAUAAAGAAUAAUUCUUUUUUGAAUUAGAUUAACAAUUAAUUAAUUAAUUUCAGGCAAAAAAUUUUUAUGGAUAUUUGAGUUAAUUAAAUAUAUAAGAAUUACUUACAAUAAUAAGAUGGAUUUAAAGUAAAAGAAAUAAAAUCAAAGUAAAAUUGGAAAAGUAAAGAGAUUUUACUUAGAAGAGAGUUAUUUAAUGAUUAAAACGUUUGAAAGACCAUUUAUAGUCUGCGUUUUCCUUAUAAUUUUUAAGCAUUUAUAGUAUUUUGCUAUUUAAGUAUCGCCAAAUAUCCUUAACAAAAUUAAAGAAAAUGAAAAUGAUGUUUAAUUUUUGCAAUACCAAGCAUUCUUUUAAGAUAAUCAAACAAUUUUAACAGUAUUUAUUUAUACUUUUAUAGCAAUAAAUUCUUAUUUGUUAGGAGCUUUCUUGACUUUCUUUCUGAGAUCUACUUUUUGGGAUCUUAGAUCUAAAGGAGACAUUUUAACCUCUUUAGGCUUUUAAAUAUACUACUAUCUUAUAUAUAUGCUUUCAGCUGUCUGUUCACUUUUACUACUCAAAAAUAAUCUUGUGAGUAGUAUUCUUAACUUAAUUCUCACUGUUAUCAUAUCAUAAAUCUUCUGUCUUCAUGAGUAUGACGACCGCUUUUUAAUAUCAGAUUUCCUUUCUAUGAGAUCAUCAUGGCUAAAAAACAUCUACUCGGUUUUAGAAUUAUGUUUACUGCUAGCAUAUACUUACAUAGAAGGAAAUACAUUGCUUACUUUUACUAUUGUAUUUUACACUCUUUCGCUAAUAUUAGAAGUCUACUACCUUCCUAUAUACAACCUAUAAAUAUAGACUUUCAAUAUAUUUGGAUAUAUAUUCAAUAUAAUUACUAAUUUGAAUGCCUACUUAACUUUAAAUACGUCAUAUUCAAAAAAUUACGUGUUUAGUUUAAUAGUUUUUUCCCCUCUGUCUUAUGUUAUAGCUCAAAACAUUUUAAAAAGGAGAAUCCACAAUAUUAUUUUAGAUUAAUUAAGUAGAAAUACCACAUAAUUUAGUGAAGAAAAUAGCUAAGUAUAAUAAUUUUCUUCUUAAAUAUAUUUAAAUAAGAUUGAUAUAUUCUUAAGAGCAAUGUAUAAUAUGUGUAAGCUUAGUUACGAUGAUUAUUUGUCUUCUUAAUUCUCAAUACAUCUAGAAUAUAUCAUUCAAAAUCAUAAAAUAUUUUGUAAAAGGUAUCCUUACUGCUUUUGCGCAUAGGAAGUAUAAAAUUAAGAAUAAAGGGAAUCAGCAACACUGAGGAGCUAAUAUUUAAACGAUUAUAUAGAGAAUUUUUACUAAAAAGCAAUUUAAGGAAAUUCUAAAAUACCUAAUAUACUAUUUAGCUAUUUAAUGUUUAUCAUUUAGGUUCAAAAAAAUGAAAUUAAGGCUUUUACUAUAGCUCUUAACUACCUCUAAAACAAUUAAGCUACUAUUACGCUUUAUUAGUAAUAACGAUUGCUAUUUAUUAUUACCUAUCUCAAUAAAAAAGUUGAUGAAUUUAAGAUUCAGGUUAAAUUGGCUAACAAAAAUUCAGAAAUGAAAUUGGAUUUUAUUGAAAGCAUUAAUUAUGACUCACUUAUGUAUAAAAGUUUUAAUUAAUUUUAAGAAUGUUUACAACUUAAGAAAGCGAUGCUUUAAAAUAUGGGGAUGAAUAUAGUUAAUUUAUAGUAACUUUAUUCGAUUCUAACUCAUUUAAGAUCAAAAAGGGAAGAACUUUAAAAAACUCUUUCUUAUCUUCUUUUGCUGAAUUAUCAAAGCUACUUUUUACAUUUUAUGAUAGAAAGCUAUGAAAGAAUUCUACAAUAUGAUUAAAGUUUGUCACAAUAGUUAAAUAGAUAGAAAAAAUUCAUUAACACACAGUUUAAUUCUUCAUUUCUAAAAAAAACUCUCACUUUGUAUUCAGAGGAUAGUUGCGUAAUUUUUAUAACAUUAAUUUAAAAUAUUGGAGUUGUUAAAAAAGUAACAAAGAACAUUUAUGAUGUUAUUCCUCUCCUAGAUAAUAGUGAAGUAAUUGGAAAAAAUAUCAAUUAUAUGAUGGCUUAAAAAAUUAGUUUAGUGCAUAAUGAUAUCUUGAAAACUUUUAUAAAAAGUCACAAUGCAGAUUUUUAAGUGAAAAACUAUCCCUUAUUGAUAGGGAUUGAUAAUUAAAACUGGGCGAUUCCAUAUUUAAUGAAAUUAUAAACAUGUACGCUUGGAACUGACGAUUUUGGUGUUUCUUGUUGGGUCAAAUAAAUAAAAGAUGCAAAUUCGUACAUGCAAAUGACUUAUAAUGAUAAUUUUGAAAUACUAAACAUUUCAAAAAAUAUGUAUCAACAUUUAUUUCAUGGAGUGAUUCAAAAAAAUAGCAUCUAUAAAGUUAAGAUGGGAGCUCUUAUGCCUACAUUAGAAUCAUUUAUAAGAAAGAAAUGCUCAAAUUCAAAUUAAUACUAUGAGGGAAUCUUUUUAAAACCUAUAAAUGAGAAAUUUUGCUCUUCGGAUGAUAAUUUUAAAAAAUCAGAAAAUCUGAUUAUCAAAAUAUUUGAAAUGGAUAUUUUUAAGAUAAAAGCUGAAUACUUUCCUUUAUUCCAUAGCUGUAUAGAUUUUAUUUAAGUAAAAGUGUCUUCAUUAGAAAGAUUAUAGGAGUUAUAAUAGAAAAUAGAAGCAGCUCAUUAAUUAUUGUAGGAAUUUUUAGAUUUAGAAAUGUACGAUUUUGAGUAUGUUGAGAAUCAAAAAUAAAUACUAUAAAGUUACUUAAACCAGAGAAAUUUAAAUUUUAGCUAUAAAAAUACAAAUUAAUAAAAUUAAUACUAGAAUUUGUUAAAAAAGUUCUCAUAAGAACUAUAACCAUUUUACAAUUAUGAAUUUAUAGAUUUUACAAAUAAUGAUCACUUGAUUGAAAAUUAAUUUGAUUUCUUAAAAAUUGAUGCCAAUUAAAGUCAGAAUAAUUUAAAAUUUCAAAAUCAAAAAGCUAGCUAAAAUAAAAUAGGAUUUAAAAAAGAUGGAGACUUUUAUAAAAGUACCAUACAUUUAUAGGAAUAUGGAAAUUAUUUUGAUUUACAAUCACCUAAUUCGAAUAUUAUGAUAUCAGCAUAAGGUUCAAAUUUAGCAGGAUAUGAUUUAUUGAGUUCUCCUUAAGAAUAAACUGAACUGCUUGGUAACCAAUAAAACACAUCAAUUGCAAAACAUUUAAUUUCUAUAAAUUUAAAUUCUAAAUCAGAUAUUUAUGAAUCUAAACAGAAUUUAGAAACCACUUUAUUUCAUAAAAAUAAGCAAUUAAAUUAACAACAUCAAUAGCCACUUAUUAGUUAAAAUUUUUAAUUUAAUGCCAAUGAAAAAUAGUAAAAAGAAAAGUAGCUACCAAAUGAAACUAUUAAUCAUAAUUAUACAAAGAAUUUUAAUGAUUAAUAAUUUUUUAAGUAGGUAGGUUUGAAUUCAAUUUCUUCAAAUAGUGAUCAUGAAAAUCAUUCAAAAGACAUUUCAAAAUAUAAAACUCACUAAAGCCAUAGUAAAAAAUCCUUCAAAAAAAAUAUGAAUGAAGAGAGUGUGAACCUUUCAAAUAAAACAGGUGACUCAAAUAAAAGGUAAUAGCUUAUUUAGGAACUAAGAUAACCUAGUAAAAUGACUAUUUUAAGAUUGCUUUAAUAUUUAGGUUUUAUUACAUUACUAGGAAUGGUUGUUCUAAAUGUUGUUAAUUUCGUUUAGCUAAACACUUAUUUAUAUAAUCAAAAGGAUGAUUAUGAAAAUUAUGACUGGGCUAAUAGAAUACAAGUUUUAUUAACUCAAAUACUAGAAUCGUAAGCAAUUUAGAAUAUCAUAAAUACACACCCUGAAUAUUUAUAGCCUACAGAAGAUUAGGAUACUAUGGUAGGUGAUAUCUUUGUGCAGUAAAAAGAAUAGCUUAAAUUGUUUUCUAAUCUCCUCUUAACAUACUAAGAUAACUAGGUUUAAAGUACUUUAAGUGAUAUUAUAAAAAAUAAAAUAUAUAACUUGAUUCUGGCUUUCAAUGUAACUCAUUAAAUUUAAAUUCCGCUUCCGGUUGAUUACAGUUUAAAAAACAUUUUAGGAGAUGUUUUUUAUAUUGUGUACAACUUGAAUGCAGUAAAUCAAGCUACUUUAUAACUUUAAGUUAACAUGAUAACGUUAAACAAUGAAUUAGAUAAUGUAGAUAUUUAAAUUCAGGAUGCUAUCCAUUAGACUUUUGAUAACAUAUAAAGCAGUAUUACAACCUCAUAAAUUUCUGAUUUUGUUGUUGCUGCAUUUUUCUCCCUAUGUUUGAUUCCAAUUUAUAUUUAUGUUCAACAUAAAAGGUAAGAAAUACUAACUUUGUUCUCAACAUUUGGACCUGACAAGAUUGAAUUAAUGUUUGAAACUUUAGCAUAUACAGAAAACGGAAUAGAAAAGUUAAAGUAAAAAUUCAACUAAACAGAAAGUGAUUAAAAAAGCAAAAUAAAAACUAAAAAGUAAAUAAAUUAAUACUCUUUAAAUAUGAAUGAUAAGCUUCAAAAAAGCUUAAUUGAAAAGAAAAAAAAUAUUAGUAACACCACUAAGCUCCCUAUUUUUAAUUGCCUGAUGCUUCUCUACAGUGUUAUUUUCAUUUUAGUUAACAUUAUAUAUUCCUUCGGAAUGGGAUUUGCAUUAUCUUCAUUCAUUUAGACCUAGCUAAACAACUUAGAAUAUACAAAUGAAAUAUACAACAUCCAUUUAUUUACCUCAAAGUUAAAUUCUUAUAGAAUGGUAGGGAUAUAGACUAAGUUGUUAAAGUAAAAUAUUGUACAUAAUUUAUACUUGUAGGAGAGCAAUUACCUGAUUUAGAAUAUUACUUAAUAGCUUAAUACUUUUUAUUCUAUCAUAAAUAAGCAAAAUGAACUGUCUAGAUAGGAUUAAGAUUCAUUUAAUAGUUUAAAUAAUAAUUUGAUGCAAUCAAAUGCCUGUUUAGAGUCUUCUUAUUACACAUAAUAUAUUACUUCUGAUGGGUUUGAAAUAGAUGAAUGUUCAGAAACUGAUGAUGGCAUAUUUUUAUAAGGAAUGAUCAGUGCGAUAAAGUAUUUUUGCGAAGAGAUAAGCUAUACAAACCCAAUUUUUUAAGAGUAAGAUAUUACUAUUUAUAAAUAAAAUCUGGAAGAGCAUUUCCAAGAAUAUACUCUAUCAAAGUACUAUUAUUAUUUAGUUUAUGAGUCCUACAUGGUAUAACUAAUUAGGGGUUUUAUUAAAAACAUGACGCUAAAUUAGUAUAGUUUAUACACCAAAAUAAAUAUUAUUUUGAUAGUACUUUAAAUAUUUGCUUUUGUCAUUUCAGUUAUAUUUAUUUAUCUGAGAUUUUUCAACUAAUGCUUUCAAUCUAUUUUAGACACUAAAAAGUUAUUAGAUUUAAUAGAUAUUUAAUAUCUAAGAGAAAAUUAGUAUGUUAUUUCUUAUUUUAAAUCUCUAAAAUGAAUUGUACUGUUCUCAAUAUUUAUUCUAGUAUUUACUAAAGGAAUUAAAGUUUUAAGCAGCUCGAGGGAAUUAUUCUUUGAAUUAAAUGUUUCAAAAAUUUAAUUAAUAACUUAAUAUAAAAAACAAAAUUAAUUUAGCAUUUUCUCUAUUUUACAUAUCAAAUACUUAAUUUACAUUUGUAUUUUUUAAUAUACAUAUUUUGAGAUAUUUA